UACACAUGCACAUCCUGUUGUGUUGACUGAGUUUCAAGUUGGUUUCAACAUGCAUGGUGUCUGGUUACGACUCAUGAGCAUCGCUUCUGUCUCCUGCUUGGCCAUGAAUGGCCCAGGCAGCAGCAGUGUGACUUGGAAAGAUGUUGGAGAAUCCAUCACCAUCCAGUGCAGACUUCUUGAGCCAGAUCCAGUGUUCCUGGACCUGCAGAGGGGUCUCGGAAUGGAAUCCAUUUUCUUCCUGGCCAAACCACCAUCGGAACCCCAGCACAGACUUCAGUCCACCAGCCUUCAGUCUGAUGUGCAUAAUUUCCCCAGUGUGGAUGUUCUCAUCACAAACUUGACCUAUAAGGACAUGGGGCCAUACUGGUGUGUUUACAAAAAGAUGAAGAACGGCGUCUUGAAAGAGCUGAAAGGUAAUGGCUCCGUGAUCCUGGUGGUGAGAGAUACGGUACAGAGAUGUGGCGCACCAGAAAAUGAGCCAGUUUCCAACACUCUGGUCAUGGUGUCUUUUGUGAUCUCUGCUACCCUGUUGCUUGGCAUCAUUGCUGCCAUCUUCAUUUUCAUCAUCAAGGGUAAGGUGCAGGGCACCGCUGUGAAACCCAGGCGGGCCGCCAACAAUGACGUCUAUGAGGACAUGCGCGGGACCAUCAGACGAUGAAGCCAUCAGCCUUUGUGGAAGUGCCAUGGAUUCUUCUGAGCAGUGAUUUGGGAACUUUGCACCCCUAAAAGUGUCACACUGUAGUUAUUCAGAAUGUUUCUGAAUGUUGUUCUGAAUUGUACAGAUUGUGAAAAAUGUAUACAAGUAAAAGAUGUGAGAGAAUAAUGAGUGUAGAACAGCAGAUGGGUAAACUAUAAGGAUGGAUGGUCUGCCAGAGGUUUCAUGCACCUGGUUUGACGGUGUAUACAAUGCAAUGAUUUCAAAUUGUGUAACUGUCACUUUGUGCCUCUAAUUCAUGUAGAUAUGGUUUCAUUAUUUUUCAGGCCUAUCUGAUUUGUGGGUUUAGCAGUUGUGAUCAGAAGUUUACAUACAUCCAUUAUGGACCUGAAGCUCACGAGAAUGAGUGUUCACAUAAUUACUCACUGGAACACACUGCAAGUGUCCCGUCGACAUGCGUGUCUCACGCAGAAGUCAUACUUUUGUGUAUUUACACUGAACUGUGUUUCAGUUUAAUCUUUCAGCAUCUUUUGUCUUUGAUAAUUAUUUUUAUUUCACAUGGUAUCUUCUGUGAUCUCUUUUGUUUUGAUGUAAUUUUUAUCGAACACAUUUAGUUUGGGCUUUAGUUUUGUGAGUGCAUGCUUUUUUUUAACUUCUUCUCUGAAAGCACACCUUUUUGCCAAACAUUUUAAAACCUAUUAACUUAAAAAAUAAAUAUGAAUACAUAUAAACUCACCA